AUGAUCAGGCAGUUGAAGAUUUCAAUAAAGCUAUUGAAUUAGGUCUCAAAUGAAGAAAAGUUUUAUCAAAGAGGUAAGGUAUAUUAAUUAAUUUAGCCAUGAGAUUUUUAAUGAAAAAAUAUGUUUAUGGAAGCUUUAAAGAUUGUAAAAUAUGCAUUCAAAUAAGUCCUAAAUACUCAUUGGCUUACAUGAGUAUAGAGUAUUCACUAUAAUUAGGAUGUGUGAAGAAUGCAAUUGAAAAUAACGAUGAUGCAUUAUAAUAUUAUAAUUAAGUGAUUGAAAUUGAUAAUAAAUGUAUUUUGGAAUAUUGUAACAGAGGUAUCAUAUCAUUUUAAUGAAUAGGAAAUUUAUAUAAAACUAAGGAAAUUAAGAUUAGGCAAUCUUAGAUUAUAAUAAGGCUAUUGAGUUGGAUACAUAAAAUGAUUUUGCAUACAAGAGCAGAGGUUCUCAGGUUACUUAAUUAAAUAGGAAUUUUUUUAGAUAAAAUAGGAAAUUAAGAGGAGGCGCUUUUAGAUUUUAACAAGGCUAUUGAAUUAGACCCUUAUGAUUGUAUUUAUAAUAAACGAGGUUUAUUAUAUUAUUAAGUUAAAAAGGACUUCUAUUUCCUAAAAUUGGAAGUACUAAAUAGGCACUUAUAGACUUUAACAAGGCACUUUAAUUAGAUCCUAAUUGUUUUGAUUUUUAUUUCGAUAGAGGUAAUCAACAUAUUAUUUUUUAUAGGAAAUCUUCAUUAAGACAUAGAUAAUGAACAAUAGGUACUCGUAGAUUAUGAUAAAGCGAUUGAACUAAAUUCCAAUAAUUAUAAAGCAUAUAAUAAUAGAGGUGUUUAAAUUUUUAUAAUGAAAUAGGGCUUAUAAAUUAUAACAAAUUAAUUGAAUUAGAUUCUAAUGAUGCUUAUACUUAUAAUAACAGAGGUAAUAGAGUAUUAGUAUAUAUAGGAAUGCUCUAUUAAAAUAUUGGAAAAAAAUGGAGGCUCCUGAAGAUUAUAAUAAAGCAAUAGAAUUAAAUCCUAAUAUUGCUUAAUUUAGGUUGUAGGUUAUUAUAGGAUUAUUGCAUUUAAGCUUAGGAUAUAAAUAUUAAGCCAUAAUAGAUCAUGACAAAGCUAUUUAAUUGGAUCCUAAAGCAGUUAUUGAUUAUUUCAACAGAGGUAAUCAAGAUGUUGAACUAAAUAUGAUUGUUUUAUAGAAAUAUGAGGAAAUUUGA